CUCCUCCUCUCCUCUCUCCACUUCUAUCUCAGCUCUGCGAAGAAGAAGAAGAAGAAGAAAACGAGGAAACCAACCAAAGGAUUGAUGUGUUGCUCGGCUUGACAUUUUUUUUAUCUUUUGUUAUUUUUUUGGCGCACAUAAUCCCCCACACAGCCUGACAGCCUUCUCCAAAACCAAAACCAAACCAAACAUUUGCUUCUUUUUGGUGAUUCCUGAUGAUUUUCAUGUGAUGACACUAAACGGCUGUGUGUGUUGUGCUCCGGUUGGCCGUGAUAUAACCGUCUAGGAUCGUGUUUUGGAUGCUGGAGGAAGAGGCUCUGACGCUCCGGGAAGCUCCGUCCAACCCCCCAGGUCCUCCUCGUUCCUACCGGCUGCAUGAGCGGUGAUGCUCGGCCUGUCCGCCUGGAUGCGCCCCUCUCUCCGCGGUGUUCCGUCGGUACCGCUGCCUGUAUCCCCCUGUAUCUAUAGCACAUUUCCACUGUCGCCGGAGAAAGGUCUAGGGACCACAUAUGGAAACUGGGGAUCAGAAUUUUAGGAAAAAGGAAAACUAAGCAGGCUGUCGUUUCAUUUUUCUUAACUUAAUAUUUUUUUUCUUCCUCUUUUUGGCUUUUUUUUUAUUAUUUGGAGAGAGGGGGGUUAAUCGUCCCUGGUUGGUUUUUAUUUCCCUUCAUCUCUUAAAGGAAUGGCUGGUUUUCAUGGCAGUCAUGGUACCGGCUGAUUAUUUGGCAUUAUUUAUCAUUCUGUCCUUGAUUUGUUGGGGGGAGCGUUUCAUUCUGCUGGUUUGAAUUUGUUCUUUUCAUUUCUUUCAGCACAUCCAGUCCUUAUUUAUUUAUUUAUUUCUGGGCCCUGCCUUCCUGUCUGUCUUGCCUGCCUUUCUUUUCCCACAGAAUACAUGUGAUUCUUCAGAGAUGAGCCUCCAUAACUCACUGAUCCACUGGGGAACAUCAAGGUAGUCAGAUCUCAUCCUGAAUCGUGUCAUCAUCUGUUGGAGGUCUCUGCUUUUUUUUGGGGCCAUUUUAAAAGAUACCAGGCUGCCAACUGUGUUAGUCUUAAACCACCCUCCACCUCCACAACCCCCCCACCCCCAUGUUUCUUCAUCCCUUUUCAGUAUGAAUUAAUUCACACUGCGUGCAUGUGUGUGUUCAUCCGUGCACAGGUGUGUGUGAGUGAAAGUUUAGCUGUGUGAGUGUGUGUGUGUGUGUGUGUGUGUGUGUUUGUGUGUGUGUGAAUAACAGUGUAGGCUGUAUGUGACGGCCUAUGUGGGAAAAAGCAAGCGCUACAUGCACAUCACUCCAUACAUCACCGUCGAAGCUGUGAGGAUUGUAAUAACUGCUUAAGUCGGCUCAGAAAGCCAAACUGAGGCCCGAGACGACCACAAGAGAAACAGAGCAGAAUCCUCCAUCUUCUCAUUAUCUUGGCCUUUUUCAGAGUUUGACGUUUAGAGGCCUUCCAACUCAACAAACUAGGCCUAGAUCCCAGACCAGGUCUCUUGUGGGAUCUGCUAGAAGCCUGUGUUUUUAGGUCAACAUUUUUUUUUUCAUUUUUUUUUCCAGAGCAGGGCAACUUACUGCCACUUGAGGACUAGAAACCUUUGUAGCUGAGGGUUCUGUCGUCCUCGCCAAAGUCUGUUUGACCCGUCUGUUGGGCCAAGCCUCCACCCUCAUCUUGAUUUUUCACUUGGUUGCUGGUUCCACCCCAAAACCAACCAUACGAUUUCCCCCGAGCUCCCCUAAUUCCCCCGCCCCCCCCAACCGCCCCCCGCUACCGUCGUCCACCCGACGCCGCCCACCCCCCGUUUUCCGAGCUGGCGUGGCGACGCAAACUCACAAAUAUUUACUUCCUGUACAUCAAGAGGAAAGGGGGCCCCCCUUUCGUGGAAUGCGGCAACAUGGGUGUGUUUGACCGCGGAGUUCAGAUGCUGCUGACCACGGUGGGGGCCUUCGCCGCCUUCAGCCUUAUGACCAUCGCCGUGGGGACAGACUACUGGCUGUACUCGCGCGGCGUCUGCAAGAUCAAGAGCACCAACGAGAACGAGACCAGCAAGAAGAACGAGGAGGUGAUGACGCACUCGGGCCUCUGGAGGACCUGCUGCCUGGAAGGUUCUUUUAAAGGAAUGUGUAAGCAGAUAGAUCACUUCCCCGAGGAUGCCGACUAUACGGCGGAUGCUUCCGAGUACUUCCUACGCGCUGUACGAGCCUCCAGUAUCUUCCCCAUCAUGAGUGUGAUCCUGCUCUUCAUGGGGGGGCUGUGCAUCGCCGCCAGCGAGUUCUACAAGUCACGCCACAACAUCAUCCUCAGCGCCGGCAUCCUCUUCGUCUCCGCAGGCCUGAGCAACAUCAUAGGAAUCAUUGUGUACAUAUCAGCCAACGCUGGGGACCCUUCCAAAAGCGACUCCAAGAAGAACAGCUACUCCUACGGCUGGUCCUUCUACUUCGGCGCCCUCUCCUUCAUCAUGGCGGAAAUGGUGGGCGUGCUGGCCGUGCACAUGUUCAUCGACCGCCAUCGGGAGCUGCGCGUGGGGGCGCGGGCCGCCGACUACCUCCAAGGUGCGGCCAUCACGCGCAUCCCCAGCUACCGCUACCGCUAUCGACGCCGCUCACGCUCUUCGUCCCGCUCCACGGAUCCCUCGCACUCCCGCGAGGCAUCGCCGGUGGGCCUGAAGGCCUUCGGGGCGCUGCCCUCCACCGAGCUGUCCAUGUACACGCUGCCCAAGGGCCAAACGGGCACCCCGACAGCCACCUAUAACUCCACGGAGAGGGACCACAACUUCCUGCAGGUCCACAACUGCAUCCAGAAGGACCUGAAAGACUCAGGCACUGGCGCCAACCGACGCACCACACCUGUAUGAAACUGACAGAGGGACCUCAGACACUUAAAAACAAAUCAGAGGGGAAUUUGGGGGGAGGCGGCAAAAGACAGAUGACGGUGUAAGGAGGCGGCAGGAGGAAGAGAAGGGGGCUUAAAUGGAUAGAUGGAGUGAGGUGAAGUUCUGAGCGCUUCACAGCACCUCAGAUGAUCACUUUCUGUUUUAACAAAAAAGGAAACAGAAAAAAAUGCAUAAAAAAGAAACAUGCAUGAUUUUCCCAUCUACCAUUGUUUAACGAGUUUUGAACAUGUUUGUAAAGAUUUGAGGGGGAGGAUGGGGAAAGAGGAGCUGGGUGGGGGGGUGAGGGUGGCCGGUGGUUGUCUGUCUCGGGGCUGUGGAUCCGUGGAGUGGUGGGCUGGGCCAGACUGCCCGUUAAAAGGUGAACUUUAUAUUUUUUACUCUUCCUCAGUCUGACGAAAAGGGGGUCGUAGUCGACCCCCUCGGCCCCGCCUAUGAUCCCGCCCUCACACUACCAUCCCACAAGCCCCCCAACACACACACACACACACACACCUUAACCUCCCUUAAACCCCACUCCUUUCUUUAGUUGCUGUAUCUUCUUGAUUUCAUUCUUUAUUCGCAUUAAUACUGUGAACCAUUUGCGGUGUGGGAUUUUAGCAGGGAGCAAUUGAGGCCGCAAAAAAAGGAAAAAAAACAAAAACAUAAGUUAAUAUAUGUAUUGAUUAUAUAUAAAUAUAUGAAUAUAUAUGUUAAUAAAUCAUGACUAGACUUCCCUGGCGCAAAAAUAUCAACGAGGAAAAAAAAGAAAAAGUAACUUACAAGUGAAACUAAAUCAAGUCAUCGUGGAAACUAAAACCAAGACUGAGGAUUCUCUGUGACUGGCUCAUUUGACGGGCAGAGGCUACUUGAUAAACUGGUUAGUAUUAAGACACAUUAUCACAUUCUUUUACAACGACAACAAAAAAUCGUUUGGCCUUCCGCCGAAACCCUGGCAGCCAUCUUCGUUCAGGGUCAACUCGAGGUGAAAAGUUGACCUCACUUUUUUUUUUUUGCUCCAUAAAGGGGCGGAGCGAAGAGAGAACUCUGGGUAAUGGAGGAUCUCUCAGCAAACUUGAAGAAGACUGUGGACAAUGAGACGUCACUACUGCCAAAGACACAAAGUAGUGCGUGAGAGAACAUGGCUACCAGCGAGGUGAAGCUAAGUGACUCCAAAAAAUUAAGAAUUUACAUGCAUGCUAAUCAAAAUCAUCCGAUCUGCUUUUAAGGAACCUAUGUUUUGAACAAUUGAACAAUGAUACCAUGUUAAGGGCAGUGGGGGUGACAAGUAGAAAUUAAUGUUACAGUACUGUGUCUAUUUCAAUUUUUCUUUUCUUAUUUUUUCGAGUGGGUAAUUUUGGGAUGGGGCUUCAUAACGCUUGAAACAAAAAGAACAAACUUUGGAGAACGUAUCAAGGCUUUUUUUUUUUUUUAACAGAAGAAAAUCUUAUCUUGCCUUUUCAUUUUAUUUUAUUUUACUCGGUUCCUUUGAACUCUCACACAGCCUUAGUCUCUUUUCUUUGUCUCAUUUUUUCUUGUUCUUUGGUUUUUGCGUUGUGUUGUUGUAAAUGAGAAUUUAAAAAAAAAGCGUAAUGUCUUUCAAGGUGCCAAAACUGAAUGAUUCUGAACUUGGAUGCAUCAAGUCCUGAUGACGAAUAAAAAUUGAACCCCCCCGUAGGGAACAGAAA